AUGUAAGAAUCGAGAGUUCAAUUAGCAUUACGUGAAAUUUCGAUAAUCAAAUAAGCUAUGUCGUCCAAAAAGAAGUACACUCCAAUGAAAGAUUCUCUGAACAACUUUCAGAAGGUUUUGGAAGAAAAUAAAAAGAAUGGUGUCCAAGAUAUUCCAAGAUAAGAAAUUUAAAAGAUUUUAAUACCUGCUUCAAAAGAGUUGAAAUCAGCCAAAUUUCAUACAACUUUAAUUUGCUUUUUGCUUAAAUUGAUCAACUUAAAAGUGAUUAACGAUAUUCAAACAAGUGAAGAUGUUUUAGAUUACUUUUUGAAAAUUAAAGAAAUCCAAAAGGAUGAAUUGCAUUAUAAACUGAUACAAAGUUUUAUGGCUUUUAUACAUUAAGACUUCAUUAAUUUUCGUAAUUAUGGUUUUGUUGAAAAAUGUCUUACAUUCGUACUCUUCAUGAAAAAUUCUAAAAUGCCUAUAAUUUAAGCAUCAGCAGAAACAUCAUUAGAUAAAUUAAUUGAAUUACUAUCGGGAUCGACGCAAUUAAUAAUAGCCGGUCAAGGAUUUGAUGACAUGAAUAUCAUUAUUGAUUUAGACAAUUAGCAAGAAUAAAAUUUAUAAUAAGCUACAUCCAAUACCCCAAUAGAUCAUUAAAAAGAAGUGCAAAAUCUACAUUCUAUAUUGUCUGAUUUGAUUAAGAUAUGCGAUUACACUCGUCCUCCUUGGUUUCCUCCCUCAGUUCCUCUGGAUAGGGAGUUUGGAUUGUCAAGUAUUAACAGUUUUUUAUCAAACAUGGGAAAAUUCUUCACUUAAUUCACAACCAUCUAAGAGUUGCUAUCAAAUCAUCUUAUUUAAGUCAUAAGAAAGAUACUAGCCAUACCAAUCAACAUGAUAAAGAGCUCAAUUAUUGUGGUAGCAUUUAAGUGCUUAACAUUUUUAGUGGAUGGACCAUAAUCAGGAGAGGUUUGGAAUAUCUUAAUUUAAUAAAUAAAAUCAAAUGAGCAUUCGAUACAUAAAAAUUUGGGAUUGCAAACCUUAAUCUAUUUUGUCUAAAGUUAAAUAUUUUUGGAUUAAUUACUUCUACUUCCUUUGAAUGAGAAAAAUUACAUCUUAGAUAUUAUUACAUUGUUAUCUGGAUUGGCUAAAGACAUCUCCGAUCCAACUGAAUUAGAAUAGAAAAGAUGGAUGGAUAUGACAAGUCCUACAAUUAAUUUAUAAUAAAAUUCUGAAGUAUAUCCUAGUGAUAAUGGUUUAGUAUGCAGAAUGUUAAGUGAAUUUUAAUCACGCUUUGUAAAUUCACUAUGUGUGUAUGCUGAUUAAUAAAAAAUAUAAUUAGGAAGUUUAUUUAAAUUACAAUCAACAGACAAAUUUUAUCAAAUUAUUGAAUUUACUUGGAAAUUGAAUUUAAGGGGAAUCAAAUACCUAUUAACCAAAGAACUAGAUGAGUAAACUUUAUAAAAUUUGUUAUCUGCAUUCUCAUCCUAUAUUAAUAUAGUUGGGUCAAUUUAGAUGAAAGCAGCAUAGAAUGCUUUUAUAAAGACCAUUUGCGAAUUUUGUAAACCUUAAACUGGAUAAGAAUUUUCAAAAAAACACAUUUAGAUAAAUAAAAUGGUAUUAAAUAUUGCUAAUUGUCUUGGAAAUUUACUAGAAUGCAGUAGUUGGAUUUGUAUUUUCAAGACAUUUGAAGAAUGUGAGAAUUAUUAUUUAAGAAAUCGUCUUGCAAAAAAUUCAAGUCAAGAGGAAUAAAUUAAGACGCUAGAUAUAACAAUCUUAUUUUAAAGUUUAGAUUAAUUGUUUUCAUAAAGUCCUACCUAUGGUAAUGAACAUUUGAUAACUGUAAUGGAUGCUAUUAAUUAAAUAACCAUUGAAUGUUUAGAAUAGUAAACAACUUUAGAGUUGAAGAGAUCUAAUUCAUAAUUUGGAGAUCAAAAGAAAUAUUUUUCUCUCUCAAAAUUAGUUGAAUUAAUUAAAUUUAACGUAUUUAGAUUAGAUAUAUUUUGGGAACUCAUUAUUGCACAUUUCAUCUCAGUUAUUUCUUCACGUAACACCAAUUUAGUUUUAAAUGCAGCAGAUACAUUGUCUUAGAUUAUAUUUUAUGGUUUUGAACACUGGACUUAAUUUUAUAAGAAAAAUCAAUAGCAUCAUUCAGAAUUUAUCAAAGAGAAAUGGUAUAAGACUGAUUCUAUAUACUAAUAAACUCUCUUUUAGCCUUGGAUUGAUAUGUGUGCAUUGAACUAAAAUGAUUUAAAAGAGAUAAUUUUGAACAAUGUAUUAAAGAUGCUACAGAAUAAUGGUCAUGAAAUCUAACAAAAAGGUUGGGAUUCCGUAUUAGUCUUAUUAUUAGAAAUUGGAUCAGAAUAAACAACCAUUUUUGUUAAGUAAGGAUUAGCAUGCACAGAAUAUAUCAUAAAUCAAUUUUUAUCAAAUUUAAAUGGGGAAUAAAUUAAAAAGUUAUUUGAAAUUAUCGAGAAAUAUAAAUCCAAUUCAAACGAAUAAAACAUAAAUUUCCAAAUUUGUAAUAUGCUUUGGCAUCUGGGAGAUUUCAUCACCAAAAAUAAUUCCCAUAACUCUGAAUAGAAUAAUAUAUUAACCAACGAAGAACUUGAAUUGUAUUUGCCUGAGAUAUUUCAAAAGCUAUCACUUAUAGCUUUAGACCCUAUUCCUGAAAUCAGACAUUCAGCUAUCCAUAUAUUUAGCAAUCUGUUGAUUCAUUUAAAUUGUCAAAAUCUCUAUUCGCAAUGGAAAAAGAUCUUAGAAAAUAUCUUCAUGAAGUUGAUGCACAACAUUAAUAACACAUUUUAAGAAAAGAAUUAAAAUAAAGAUUUAGAUGUUACUUAAUGGGAAGAAACUGUAAAAAGUGUUAUCUAAGCUUUUAUAAAAUUAAUAAAAAAGUACUUUCUUAUUAUUGAUGAAUCCUCUUAAGAGAAAGAUUAAGAUAUCGAAUUAUUGAUCAAAGAAACCACACCAGACUUGGUUGUUAUAUUUUAAUAGAAUAAACCAUUCUUAAGCUUAGAAGCAGCUAAAUAAAUGCGAGAGCUAUUCCUCUACAAACCUAUAGUUUGUCUUAAAAAUUUCUCUAAUGUGAUUGAUCAAAUAUCAAUUCUUUUUAAUCAACAAUACUAAGACAUUAAAUACAUUAAGACACUCAUUUUACAUAUUGCUCCAGAAUUACUGGAAUUCUUGAAUGAUAUUGUAAAAUUGGCUUCUAACAUACUCAUUGAAUAAGUUGUGGAUAUUUAUUAUAAAAUAUUAGAAUACCCCAUCAUAGUUCAUUCUAAACUUGAUUUAAUUCAAAACAAAAUCUUUUUUGAAGACAACCUUGCACCAAAAUAAAUGAUGGCAACUCUUUAGUAAAAUUUAUCUAAAUAACCCCAAAAAUUCGUUGAAAGAAUGAUAGCUAAUAUUCAUGAAUUGAUCAAAGAACCCCCUAAUAACAAAUUUAAGCAUAUCUUAAUAAAGAGACAUCUCUUACAACUCAAUACUGUUUUAGAUAGCAAUAUUGACUUUUUCUGUUAAUUUUAAUAACUCUAUGAAACAAUUAUUAUAGCCAUGAGAAACAACGAUUAGUAUUUGCAUUUCACUGAAACCUUAAAUGAAGACAAAUCAAUCUAUAUGAUAAUGGCUGAAAAUUAUCUUUAAAGAGCUAAAACCUAUCUAACCAGUAAUGCUGAAGGUUAGCUUAAGAUAUUAAAAACAUUAUAACUUGUAUUGCCUGAUAAAUCAGUUUGCGAAAAUAUCUAACAAUAGAGUAAAAUCUUGAAUUCAGAAAAUCAAUUGCUCCAAAAUUAAUAUAUAGAUGAAAUUUCACAAAUUUAUGUUAAUAAUCCUCAGUUAUCCGAUUCAUCAGAAUUUAUGGAAUUUAUUCAAAAAUUGUAUGAAUUAUCUUAAUUUUCCAAAAUUGCUAUCCAUAAAUUAUGCAUAUUAUCUGAGAACUCCAAGGUUCUUUAAUAUUUCCUAGAUGCAAGCCAAAAGAUUUUAUAGACUUCUAACUCUGAAUAACUCAACAAUGAUAAGAAAUUAAUUGAUUUGUUAAACUAUCUUAUGUAAACUAAAAUACCAGAAAAUUCUUUUAUAAGCUUCAUAUCUUUGGAUGGAUAAGAAAUUUCCUAUGGAGAAACUUCAUUAUUAUAAUCAAACAUAGGCCAUUUAUUUUACUUGAUGCCAUACCUUGUAUAACUAAUUGGACAUUAAUAGGAUGAUGUCAGAAUCAAGGUUUAAUAGGUUCUAUCGAAAGUUUCAUAAUUGGUAGUGAAAAUUGAUUGA